AAGUUUGUUUUGUAUACGUAGGGGGCGCUUCUGUAGGAUAAUCUAACCUUUAAAUUGUACCUGCAAAGUCUUCGUUAGGGUAGUUUCAUUUGAUUCUGUUUCGCAAACAUGGGUAGAAGGUAUUACUGUGAUUACUGUGAUAAAGUGUUUAUAGAUGAUUUGGAUGCAAGGAAGAAGCAUCUCAAUAGUGCCCAUCACUUGAAGUUGAGGAAAGUACACUAUGACUUGUUUCGAGAUCAGAAGACUUUGCUGCAAGAGGAGAGUGUGAAAAUACCAUGCCGAAGAUUUUUGUCAGGUGGCUUCUGCCAAUUCGAUUCAAGCUGCAAAUAUACACAUUAUUCAGUGGAACAAUUGUGGCAGAUCAAAAAUCAGAUUGAAGCCGAAGAGCAAGCGGAAUUCUUGAAGAACAAUUCAAGUGCAGAGGUGCCUCCUGUGGAAACUUGGAUGGAAAAGUACGGGGAGCAGAAGAAUCUGAAAAAUGAAGAAUUCGUGUCGACCUUUUGGAGUUAUCCGGAGCAGUUGGAAACCAGACCGGAUUUGCCGCCGUCUUUGAAGAAAUUCCAACCCGAGUAUUUCACCGACGAUAAUUUCGCCGAUUGGGGUUAAUUGAAAUGAUGCAAAUGUACUUUUAUGUGAUAAAAUACCGAAGAAUGUUAAUACUCAAUACUUCCAUCAACUUUACGAGCUUAUUGUAAAUUGACUUUCGAUAAAAGAGAAAUAAUUAGAAACCUGAUGUAU